AUGCCCAGAGCGGCGCUGGUCACCGUCCGCUACGGCCCGUACCGCGCCGCCGGCCUGCCCGUGCAGCACCGGACCUACCGCCUGCAGGGCUUGCAAGCCACAUUGAGUAGAGACGGACACUCCCUGGUUUUGGAAAAGAUACCAGACUGGAACACUGUAGAACUCAUAGUAAAUGGAGAAACCAUUUUCCAGUGUAACAUUAAUGACUUGGACUUUGGCGGUGAUGGAAAAUUAGAUCCACUGUGUGAGGAAGCCAGACAAGCAGUGCUAAAUGCCUACUGAUCUGCUUCUCAUCUUCUGGGCUUCAUUGAAGACCUACGGAGCUGCCAGUGUGAGCAGGAAUACCAGGGCUUUCCAUGUAGUAUAUGGUCCCAUGUAGAGCCAGCCUGCUUGUCGCUAAGAUGGUGAGAUUGCAUUGUGCGGGCUAGCAUUGGCCGGAGACAGUAGGCAAGCUGAAAAUCGUUCCAACAAGGAAAAACCAGUACCCAUCCUAAAGCGGUUUCCAGUCUGUCCACAGGGAAACAAAAACUCUCCCUUCACACUAAUGAAAUAAUCAAACCAAACAGCUCAUAACAGCUCUCCACCCUGACCUAUAGAGAGAGGGCUACAAUUACAAACAACCAAACCACAAUGUCUGCAGUAUUGAUCUGAAAGAAAAUAAUGAAACCCUAUCAAGUAACACAGUCUCCACCCUCACUCCAGCCCUGACUAAUAAGGUUUGUUUGCCAGGAGCAUUUAAGAAUCCAUUCUUUAAUAAAAGAAGAACCAGA